ACAGUGUUUUAUCAAUUACCGUUGUCAAUAAUAAUUAUUAAUAUCGUCAUUAUUAUUAUAAUUAUUUGAUAAUUAGGCCUGUGCGUUAAAAUCCAUUAAAACGUUUGUAUUUGUACCGACCGGACUGCCCAGAGAAGUAUAUUUAAUAUUUAUCAGCACUACGCAAUCGUUCUUAUGUUCUUGAUGACAAUCGUCCGUUCAUCGGUCAGAUUGCAGCUUUAUCGUUGACUGGUUGAGUUGGUGUAGUUUACGAUGGUCCGACGACGCUCGACGAAUGCCGGCAUAAUUGUGACGAUGUCGACGGCGCGUACCGUUUUAACGAACCGCCGGGCAUAAAUCAAUCGAAACCUAAGUGCCUGGACGAGAGUCAAAUCGUUUGGGGCCACGACUGGCUGUUCGUGUAGCACGCCUUACACAAUCGCGUCCAAGAAGGCGAUAUUCAACGAUUUAUAAAUGACAUUCAGUUACAAAACAGUACAAAAUAACCAAUGGAUUUCAUUAAACGGACAUCAUUAUUGUUCGUAUUAUCACUAUUACUCAUCAAGCAAUCAACACAAGUCAAUCCUCCUGAUGGAUAUUGUGCUCAGUACAAUGGAAAGAUAUGUAGAAAAUAUUUAAAUGCUUCAAUUCUUAUAUGGUUUAACAACACUUUGAAAAAUGAAGGAAGUGAACAAAAUGAAUUAAUCACUACCGGUUUAUGGGAAGAAAUGUUACCUAGUUUUUCAAAAACAUGUAGACCAGCAGCUGAAAAACUUCUGUGUUUAUAUGCAUUUCCUCAUUGUCAACAAGACAAAUCUUAUUUUCCACUUUGUUAUGAAGAUUGUAUAGCAGUACGAGAAUUGUUUUGUUAUAAAGAAUGGGCUUUGAUCGAAGCAAAUAAACAAAAGGGAAUUUUUUAUAAAUCUAAAGGACAUUUUUCUUUACCAAUUUGUGAAAACCUACCGCAUAAUUCACAGGAUGGUAAACCUGUAUGUUCACAUGCUAUGCUUACAGAAUUAAAACAAGAUGAAAUAACUAUUGAUUGCAUUCGUGGCAAUGGUCGUUUCUAUCAAGGAUAUAUUAAUGUUACUAAAUCGGGUUUGCCAUGCCAACGAUGGGAUUCAAAAUUUCCACAUGAAUUUGUAAGACCACCAAUUAAUGUAUUUCCAGAAGUUCAAAAUUCUGAAAAUUAUUGCCGAAAUGCUGGAGGUGAAGUAUCUUCUCCGUGGUGUUAUACUAUGGAUCCUGAAGUGAGAUGGCAAAAAUGUGAUGUACCUCUUUGUGAUAAAAAUGAAACUGAAUUAGUGGAACCAAAAUUUGAUAUCAUUAAUAAUGAUACUGCAAUAAAUAUUAUCACGAUGAUUUUAAAUCAUAUUGAAAUGUUCAUUGAUCAAACAUCAACAACACAUCUCCAUAUAUUUCUUGUGAUUGUUGGAGUUCUGAUAAUUUUAAUAUCAAUCAUAAUUUUAGUGUUGUGCAACAAGUUAAUGUCAAAUAAAAAUUCAUAUAGAUCAACACAAACUCGAGAAGUCGAUAUAGAUUUAGAUAAAUUACCAAGUAAUUCUGCAUACCAUCAAUAUGGAAUGUGUUCAAAUCCAAAAUUAGAAAAACUUGAAUUUCCUAGAAACAAUAUAAUUUAUGUAAAAGAUUUGGGUCAAGGAGCAUUUGGGCGUGUAUUUCAGGCCAAAGCACCUGGUUUGCUGAAAGACGAAGAAUUUACAUUGGUUGCAGUGAAAAUGUUAAAGGAUGAAGCUUCAAAUGACCUCCAAGUCGAUUUUGAACGAGAAGCUUGCUUGUUGUCAGAAUUUGAUCAUCCCAAUAUUGUUAAAUUAUUGGGAGUUUGUGCUUUAGGUAAACCAAUGUGUUUACUUUUCGAAUACAUGGGUCGUGGUGAUUUAAAUGAAUUUCUUCGUUCGUGUGCACCUAGCAAUUACAUCGUACAUUCAGCUGAAGCUAGAGGUGAUGUUUUUCGUGAUUUAAAUCUUACAAACCUUGAUAUGUUGAAGAUAGCUCAACAGAUUGCUUCUGGUAUGGUUUACUUAUCUGACAGAAAAUUUGUGCACAGAGAUUUAGCGACUAGAAAUUGUUUAAUCGAUGACACAAUGACAGUAAAAAUAGCUGAUUUUGGGCUUUCACAAAAGAUGUACUUACAAGACUAUUACAAAGGUGAUGAACAUGAUGCUAUACCUGUUAGAUGGAUGCCUUUAGAAAGCAUUUUAUACAACAAGUAUACAGUUGAAUCAGAUGUCUGGGCGUUUGGUGUGUGUCUUUGGGAAAUAUUUUCUUUUGCUCUUCAACCGUAUUAUGGCAUGACACAUGAAGAAGUUGUUAAAUUUAUUAAAGAUGGUAAUGUUAUGAAUUGUCCUGAAAAUACACCAAAAUUGGCCUACGAACUCAUGAAACAGUGCUGGAGUCGAAAGCCUGAUUCACGCCCAACUUUUCGUACAAUUUAUCAGACUUUAGAAAAUGUACGACAAGAAGUUGUUUGCCAUAUGAAUGGACUGAUUCCACAUGCUCAUUUGUAAUUUAUUGAGAUGAUUAUACAACAAUGUAUGGAAACCAAUUAAUCUAUAUUGUAUCAUAAUUCUAUUGUGUAACUGUAUACAUUUUGUAUAGACAUAUUGAACUACCAAAUAUUUGAUUUAUUUCUUCAAUGACAUUAAUUUUGUUAUAUCAUUGAUUGAAUCAUUUUUUAAAGACUGUUUUAGUAGACUAGUAAUUUAUUCUUAGCUGAUCUAUACUCUUUAAGCGCUUGGUUUUAAUAUCUCAGUAGAAACUUAUAUUCAAAUAAUACAACAUGAGUUGUGUUUAAUUUUUCUAUCUAUCAAUAGAUUAUAUUU